UUGGGCUUUAUAAACACGGUGAGCACCGGGAACAGGACUAUCUCUCCAGACCUGCACGGUAUCUCAACUCCAGGACUAUCUCUCCAGACCUGCACGGUAUCUCAACUCCAGGACUCUUCUCAGCUCUCUGUUUCCAGAGUUAAACACACCAAAUAAACAACUCCAACAUGAACGGCCACUGCAACGUAAAGGUCAACGACACCGUGGAGGAGUUCCACUGCAACAACAGCGAUCUGCUCAUCGACAGCAAGAAGUCCGUCGUGCACCACAAGCACGAGACGUCCCGCAAAAAGGACGAGGACCAGUCCCGCUUACCUGCGCUCGAGGCCGCGUACACGAGCAUCCUCCGGGAGCUGGGGGAGGACACGGACCGGCAGGGGCUGCUGCGCACGCCGCUGCGCGCCGCCAAGGCCAUGCAGUUCCUCACCAAGGGCUACCACGAGACCAUCGAAGACAUCUUAAACAACGCCAUAUUUGACGAAGACCAUGAUGAGAUGGUGAUUGUGAAGAACAUAGACGUUUUUUCACUGUGCGAACAUCACCUGGUGCCAUUUUUUGGAAAGGUUCACAUCGGGUACAUUCCCAACAAAAAAGUGGUGGGACUGAGCAAGCUGGCAAGGUAA